CUUGGAGCUUGGAGCAGCGGGCAGCUCCCUUGCCGGGUUCUCAGGGCACCUGGGCUCCGCUGUCGGUGUCCCGCUCGGGUCUUGGGGAUUUUGGCUUGAACCUGCGUUGGGACGAGAACCCCAGGGAGCAGCCUGAGGAUGACUUCCAGCCAGGGCGGAGGAAUUUGCCUGGAGUAGAAUUGUUGGAAAGACAGCACCGGCGAGGAACCCUCGCUUCCAUUCAUGUCUUUAUUUUCCGGCCAGCUUUUUUUUUUUUUUUUUUGAACAUAAGGGAUUUCAUCCAGGAGAUGGCAACUCCUAGGAUUCUCCUCGUGCCCCUCCAGCGCCCGUAGACACAGACCGUUCCCAUAGCCCGCCCUUUGCGAGCCUGACAUCCUCGGCUCAGACAUUCCUGAGAACCCCCGUGAGCUGUUCCUUUUCAUCCGAAGGGUAGGGUCACCCUUCAGUUAAAGUCGUUCUUGGGUUUUCGGCGACUCACCUGACCCCCCCCCCCCACACACAAACCCCGGGCUUGCUGCUGCCACCUACUGUCCGACCUGAAUGAAAUUUCAAUCGCUUGAUCAAGCCCAGUUUAAAGAGGGAAAAAUCUUUUCUUCUCAGUGGCCGGGGGGCUAAGAGCUGGUUUGGGAAAAGUAUGUGUGUGCGGUGGGGUGGGGCCGACUUGGGAGGAAGGGGGCAGCAGAGAGAUUUUUCUAGCUGGUGCCAGAGCAGCCGGGCCUCAGAGGUGGGGUGGGUCUGGCCGUUGUGCAACCCCUUCCAGUUCCUCUGAGCAGAUAAUAGCUGAAUCCAGAUGGUGACAGCCCGUGUGUCACCGUUUCCAGUUGAGUCCUAGGAUAUGAGUAACCGGACUAAACAAAAGGCCUUUAAAGAGACCAGCCAGCUUCUUAGAGGAGAUACUCCCCAUUUCCUGGGUGAAGGUGGGGAUGGGAGUUGGGAGGAGGAGAGAAAAACAUGGAAAACAAACAAAAAACGGUGGAGGGGAUCCCAUAUCUGGCCUGUGAGAAUUUUCACCCAAGACUGUGGGCAGGUUGCUUAAGGCUGCGUGGUCAGCCUCUCCAAGUCAUCUGUUCCUCUGACUAAUGACUGAUCUGCCUGUCUCCAGUCCCGGCUUCCACUUGGAGACUGCAGUCACCAUAGCCUGUGCUCUCUCUGCUGAGCACCUUGGGUUUGCAGGAAGCCAUGCUUUUCCAGGGCCUGCUUUUCACCUCCUGGAGAUCCCAGGGGACACCUAUCUGCCACUUCCAGCAGCAUUGCCUCCCAAAAAGGAAGGGCUACAGAGGGUGGGGACUUUGAGGCUUAGCCCUCUAGAGCUGAUGGCUUCAUGGAAGAUGGGAACAUAUAUAGAAGACAGUUCUUUCAAACCUUCCAUAUGGUGUUUCCCAUUAAACACUACCAGGACAAAAUCAGGCCUUACAUCCAGCUGCCGUCACACAGAAACAUCACUGGCAUUGUGGAAGUGAUCCUUGGGGAAACCAAGGCCUACGUCUUCUUUGAGAAGGACUUUGGGGACAUGCACUCCUAUGUGCGAAGUCGGAAGAGGCUACGGGAGGAGGAGGCUUCCCGGCUCUUCAAGCAGAUUGUCUGUGCCGUUGCCCACUGUCACCAGUCGGCCAUCGUGCUGGGGGACCUGAAGCUUAGGAAAUUCGUCUUCUCCACUGAGGAGAGAACCCAGCUCAGACUGGAAAGUCUGGAAGAUACACACAUAAUUAAGGGUGAAGACGAUGCUUUGUCAGACAAACACGGCUGCCCAGCCUACGUGAGCCCCGAGAUUCUGAACACCACCGGGACCUACUCGGGAAAGGCGGCGGACGUGUGGAGCCUCGGGGUGAUGCUCUACACCCUCCUGGUGGGGCGCUACCCCUUCCAUGACUCAGAUCCCAGCGCCCUUUUCUCCAAAAUCCGCCGUGGACAGUUCUGCAUCCCCGACCACAUUUCCCCCAAAGCCAGGUGCCUCAUUCGCAGCCUCCUGAGACGAGAGCCUUCCGAGAGACUCACCGCCCCCGAGAUUCUACUCCAUCCCUGGUUUGAGUCUGUCUUGGAACCUGGGUACAUCGACUCAGAAAUGGGAACUGCAGACCAGAUUGUCCCAGAGUACCAGGAGGACAGUGAUGUCAGUUCCUUCUUCUGCUAAUCCCAAAAAACCUCAGAAACCUCAUCAUUCUCACACAUGGCAUUUCCACUUCUCAAGAUGGACAGGCCUUUCGAUGUGGUGCCAACCAGAUACGUGAUGGCGUAAAGAUUGUAGCUGCUGAACUGAACAUGGAGCCCCUCGGACUUUGAUGAGUGACUUGACUGAUCUGAGCAGUGUACACUCUGAUUGGCUGCCCUUCAAAGCUGUUCCCCUUCUUAACAAACCCUCGCCAACUAUCCCGUUGUCAGAUUCGGGGGUGCACGUCUCUUACAGGUGGCACAGAGCAUGGGUGUCCUACAGCAAGUGAACUUGAACAUUCUCAAGGGAGAGGAAGUGAAUCGCACAAUGGCAUUUGGGGCAAUAACCUGUUUUAACAGGGUGACAAAUAAUUUGGGCCAAUUAACCUGCCAUCUUCGAACUUGUCUUUGGUAGCUAGACUGUCGCUACCCCAGCUUCUCUGAUUGGAGAAUUGUCGUUUGUUUUUUUGGUUUGGUUUCACACUCAUCCUUUCUUUACACGCAUUUACUAACGACUGCUCCGUUUUUGGAGCGGACUGUUUCAGGAGCAUAGGAGCCUGCCUGACCUAUGAACCCAGACCUUCUCCAUUUCCUGCCAAGACCUCAUUUGCACUAAUGCCUUCUUUCUGACUUUGAAACGUCACCUCCCCACCCUCGCUGUAAAGGCCCUUACCAGCUCACCAUGGAAAAGUAUCUCAAAAGAUUUGAACUCCUGGCUAUUUCAGAACUCUGAGCUCAGACAGAGAGACUGUAGAUUUUUAAAAAUAAUUUGAGCACUUGGAAACUGUUAGCUUUUUUGGGUCCCCUAAAUACAUUAGCAUUUAUCCUUUACUUUUUUCCCCCCAGGACCAUCUCAGGGUGGAGCAUUUUGUCUAGGAGGAGAAAGACAGGGAGAUUCUACACUCCUCUCUCCCAAGAGCAAAUAUUAAACUUCAAAGAAAGUGAAUUUUGGAUAGUUCUCAGACCAACUUCCAGAAUUAUACUUUAUACUUUCGCUCCCCACCCCCCAACCCCAUAGAUAUGGUCUGCCCUUUGCAUUGUGUGUGUGUGUCUGCAGUUUUGCAUGAUGAGUUGUUAAUAUUGGAAAUGUGGUGUGCUUUAUGAAUACAUCUGUGUAAUCAGCACCCAGAGUGAAAUAUGAAACAGCAAGCUCCAAUUUUAAGUCGGGGUGGACUUGAAAAGUCACCUAGUCCCAACUUCUUUCUUCUUUCUGCCACCUCCCAGUGCAGAAAAAUCCCCCCUUCAGGCUUCUUUUACAGCUGGGAAUCCAGCCUCGUUUGAAUACUUCCAGAGAUGGGAACUCACUCCCUACAAAAAAGACAAGCGCUUAACGGGAAAACUACGACUUGCAUUAAAAAAACAAGUAUAGAUGAAAUAUCGGUCAAAUGUCUCGGACAGGACUGAAAUGUGGUGGUUAAACGGGUAAACCAAACAUACUGUAUUUUGAGAAAUGGCACAAAAACAGGCAGUCAUCCUUAAGGGCUAUGCCUACGCAAACUACUAACAUGCAUUGUUCCGAAUGCCGUGUAUACCUCAUGUACUGUGUACUUUGUACAUAUAUUUUUACCUUUUAUACAUAACGUCUGAUUGUUGUUGUUGUUGUUGUCUUGGCUCUGAGGCUUGUUUUGUUGUCUGUGUCUGUCUGAAAUAACCUGCGUGUCUAAAACCACGUGAAAUGUGAAUGAUUAUUGGCAAUAUUACCUUGACAGAAUCAUGGGACUCGGGAGGAGAGGAAGGACAGGCGUCUGCCGCACUAACGCUCUCGUGGUUGUUCGAUUGUUGUAUCUGUGAUACAUUUACCCCGCUAAGGACUCUGGACCGGCGGGGGCUUCUGCCGGCAAAGCUAUUGUAGAAACACUAGAUCUGUACAUGUGUAUAUAUGUGAACAGUGAGAUGGCCGUUUUUGACUUGUAGAGACAUUUUAAUAAAUCUGGUUUCGUAAA